GGUCACUGAGUCAGGAAGAAAAGGGCAUGCAAAGGAACCCCAUGGGACUGAGGAACCAGGCACGUUCAUUAGCCCAGGUGGCAGCCAGAUGGAAACAUUGGGAGGUAGAUAUAAAAACUUGGCCUCUAUGAUAAAGUCCUUCCAUCUCACAGUGCGCAGUUAGACCCAUGGAACUCCCUCCCACAGGACGAAGGGAUGGCCACCAAGCGAGAUGGCAUUACAAGAGGAUGAGGCAAAUUCAGGCAGGAGCAGAGGGCUAGCGAUGGCUCCUGGCCCCACAGUUUGAGUCAGCCAUGCUUCUGAAGGCCAGCUGCUGGGAAGUGCAGGGGGAGAGAGUUGCCCUCAGAACAAAGAAAAGGGCAUCCCACCCCAGUAGUCUGCCUUGAGGACGUGGUAGAUUCCAAGUGCUGGACGAUGAGACAGAAGCAGGAAAUAAAUGUGCCCUGACAUUUAGGGGAGGGAAGGACCCCCACUCCUGUCUUGGCCCAAAUUGCACUUGGUAAAAAUGACUCUUCAAUCCCAGUUCUGACUUCAUUCCUCUUCCUUCUUCCUCCUUCAUUUUUUGAAAAGAAAGCUCAGAGCUCAACCUUCGUUCCUAGCAAAACUCAUCCAUGCUUGCCCAGGGAACAUUUUUCUCCUCCUUACUGUGUAUUAAUUUUAUAACAGAAGAAUGUAUUUGCUUUUAAGGGUUUGCUGAAACAUCUGAUUAGGACAGACAGAACUUGGCAAAAGACAUAGGGAUUCCUUCCGAUCUCUUGGAGGUGUCCUUAGAACAGAGAUGGAUAAGCAGGAUUCAGCUGGCCCUGAAGCAGGAAGAGGUCUUGCAAUCCAAUAUGGGAGCAGUGGGGGAUUCUGGGAAAACUCUACGAAGAAGAACCCGGUUGAAGAGGACACACUCUGCUCAGAUGUACAGAGCCAGCAGUUCUGCUACCAGGAGGCCAAAGGGCCCCGAGAGGUUUGCAGCCAACUCUACCACUUUGUCCAUCAAUGGCUGAAGCCAGAAAGGCACACGAAAGCUGAAAUGCUGGACCUGGUGAUCUUGGAGCAGUUCCUGGCUGUCCUUCCACCAGAGAUGGAGAGCUGGGUGAGGGAAUGUGGAGCGGAGACCAGUUCCCAGGCAGUGGCCCUGGCCGAAGGAUUCCUCCUGAGUCAGGCAGAAGAGAGAAGGCAGGCAGAGCAGCAGGGGAAGGGUCUUUUUGCAGAAAUCAAUCUUGAUUCCUCUGAGGCAGAGAAGACUCUGUUGGACUCCAUAGAGAGGCCUCUGGGAGACAGAAUGAUGCCAGCAAGACCUAUUUGUCCAUCUUUUCUUGGCGGCGAAGGGGAAGCUGCCCCUGUGGAACCAGAGCAGGGUCCUGUGAGCUUUGAAGAUGUGGCUGUUCAUUUCACACAUGAGGAGUCCAUGUUGCUGAAUCCUGACCAGAGAGCUCUUCACAAGGAAGUCAUGGAGGAGAAUCGUGGGAUCUUGGACUCUCUCGUUUCAGGUGGUGAUGAAUUGGAAGUGAAGAACAAGGGAGACCAAAACGAAAUCCACACAGUGGAGAAGCCAUAUCAGGAUUCAGACUGUGGAGAGAGCUUCAGUCAGAGCUCCCAUUCCUCUUCCCAUCAAAGAAAUUGCCUUGAGAAGAAACCCUAUCAGUGCUUGGAAUGUGGAAAGAGCUUCUGUCAGAACGCCCAUCUCUUUGGGCAUCACAGAAUUCAUACCGGGGAGAAACCGUAUCAGUGCGUGGAAUGUGGAAAGAGCUUCAAAAAAAAGUUUCAGGUGGUGUUGAAUUGGAAGGGAGACCACAAGGAAAUCCACACAGCGGAGAAGCCAUAUCAGGACUCAGACUGUGGAGAGAGCUUCAGUCAGAGCUCCCAUUCCUCUUCGCAUCAAAGAAAUUGCCUUGAGAAGAAACCCUAUCAGUGCUUGGUGUGUGGAAAGAGCUUCACUUGGAAACAGACUUUAGCUUCCCAUCAAAGAGUUCAUACAGGGGAGAAACCCUAUCAGUGCAUGGAAUGUGGAAAGAGCUUCUGUCACAGCUCCAGUCUCACUGCCCAUCAAGGAAUAAAUACAGGGGAGAAACCAUAUCAGUGCCUGGAAUGUGGAAAGAGCUUCAGUCGAAAGGACAAUUUCACUUCCCAUCAAAUAAUUCAUACAGGGGAGAAACCUUAUCAGUGCUUGGAAUGUGGAAAGAGCUUCACUCACAGCUCCAGUCUCACUACCCAUCAAAAAAUUCAUACAGGGGAGAAACCAUAUCAGUGCUUGGAAUGUGGAAAGAGCUUCAGUCGAAAGGACAAAUUCACUUCCCAUCAAAGAAUUCAUACAGGGGAGAAACCAUAUCAGUGCUUGGAAUGUGGAAAGAGCUUCAGUCGAAAGGACAAUUUCACUUCCCAUCAAAGAAUUCAUACAGGGGAGAAACCUUAUCAGUGCUUGGAAUGUGGAAAGAGCUUCACUCACAGCUCCAAUCUCACUGCCCAUCAAGGAAUUCAUACAGGGGAGAAACCAUAUCAGUGCUUGGAAUGUGGAAAGAGCUUCAGUCGAAAGGACAAUUUCACUUCCCAUCAAGGAAUUCAUACAGGGGAGAAACCAUAUCAGUGCUUGGAAUGUGGAGAGAGCUUCAGUCGAAAGGACAAUUUCACUUCCCAUCAAAGAAUUCAUACAGGGGAGAAACCAUAACAGUGCUUGGAAUGUGGAAAGAGCUUCAGUCACAGCCACCAUCUCACUUCUCAUCAUAGAAUUCAUACAGGGAAUAAACCAUAUCAGUGCCUGGAAUGUGAAAAGAGCUUCAUCAGGAAAGAAAAUCUCACCAUCAAAAAAUACAUACAGGGGAAGAAUCAUAUCGGUGCCAAGCGUGUGAUUGUAGGGAUUUAUGAAAGCCUGGUUCUCCGGAGUAAAUCCCCUCCCACCUUCCCCAUUUCCUCUCUUCCAGGAGGGAGGUUUUCGUCUCCUCUGCAAGAGCUGGGCCCAGUGUGCUUUAAAGAUGUAGCUGUACAUUUCAUGUAUGAGAAGUGGGCGUUGCUGGAUUCUGACCAGAGAGCCCUCCAUAAGGAAGUCAUGGAGGAGAAUCGUGGGAUCUUGGACUCUCUCGUUGCAGAUGGUGAUGAAUUGGAAAUGAAGAACAAGGGAGACCAUGACAAAAUCCACACAGUGGGGAAGUCAUAUCCAUAUUCAGAGUGCGGAGAGAGCUUCAGUCAGAACUCCCAUUCCACUUCCAAUCAAGGAAAUCCUAUUGGGAAGAAACAUUUUCAGUGCUUCGAAUGUGGAAAGAGCUUCACCUGGAAACAGAGUUUCACUUCCCAUCAAAGAGUUCAUACAGGAGAGAAACCCUAUCAGUGCCUGGAAUGUGGAAAGAGCUUCACCUGGAAACAGACUUUAGCUUCUCAUCAAAUUAUUCAUACAGGGGAGAAACCCUAUAAAUGUUUAGAAUGUGGAAAGAGCUUCAAAACAAGCAGCAAUCUAACUUCCCAUCAAAGAAUUCAUACAGGAGAGAAAUCCUAUCAGUGCCAAGAGUGUGGCAAGAGCUUCAGACACAGCCACCAACUAAAUGUCCAUCAAAGAAUUCAUACAGGGGAGAAACCAUAUGCAUGCUUGGAGUGUGGAAAGAGCUUCAGUCACAGCUCCCAUCUCACAACCCAUCACAGAAUCCAUACAGGGGAGAAACCCUAUCAGUGCUUGGAAUGUGGAAAAAGCUUCAGUCAGAGAAACAAGCUCACUAUCCAUCAGAGAAUUCAUACAAGGGAAAAACCCUAUCAGUGCCAAGAUUGUGGAAAGAGCUUCAGAAAAAAGGACAAGCUCACUAUCCAUCAAAGAAUUCAUACAGGGGAGAAACCAUAUCAGUGCUUGGAAUGUGGAAAGAGUUUCACCUGGAAAGAAGCUCUCACUUCCCAUCAAAGAGUUCAUACAGGAGAGAAACCCUAUCAGUGCCUGGAAUGUGGAAAGAGCUUCAGUCAAAGAGGCCACCUCACUCUUCAUCAAAUAAUUCAUACAGGGGAGAAGCCAUAUCAGUGCUUUGAAUGUGGAAAGAAAUUCACCGGGAGCACCAGUCUCAUAAUCCAUCACAGAAUUCAUACAGGAGAGAAACCCUAUCAGUGCCAAGAGUGUGGCAAGAGCUUCAGUCAUAGCCACCAGCUAAAUGUCCAUCACAGAAUUCAUACAGGGGAGAAACCCUAUCAGUGCCAGGAAUGUGGAAAGAGAUUUAUUAUCAGAAGGCAGCUUACUGACCAUCAGAGAAUUCAUACAGAGGAGAAACCCUAUAAAUGUUUGGAAUGUGGAAAAAGCUUCAAUACGAGCAGCAAACUCACUUCCCAUCAAAGAAUUCAUACAGGGGAGUAACCUUAUCAAUGCUUUUAGUGUUGAGCUUCAUUCAAAAAAAAACAUCUUAUGGCCCAUCAAAGAGAUAAUCCAUGAGAAAAACCCUAUCAGUUCCAAGAGUGUGGAAAGAGCUUCAGAAAAAUGGACAGUUUCACGUCCCAUCGGAUAAUUCAUACAGGGGAGAAACCCUAUCAGUGGCAAGCAUGUGGAAAAGCUUCAGCCACAGGGCCCGUCUUGUUUGCCAUCAAAGAACUCACAGUGGGGGAGAACUAUAGUAGUGGCUGUAUACAGAUGUUUAAUACCUUUUUCGGCAUCAUGACUGGACAGAGGGAAAAGAGUGAUUGGGCAACACUGAUGAGGUUGCACUCCAUGUUCAGCUUUCCUUGGAAGGAGUUGAUGUAAAAAUGUGAUAGUUGAAUGAAUAUUAAAUAUUAUAGAUUUUGUAUCAAAUACAAACUGUUAACAGAUAAGAAAGAAAGAGGUGGGUUUGUGCUCCCCGAUUUGAGAACUUAUUACAAAGCUGCUUGUUUGUGUUGGAUCAGAGAAUGGAUCAUGGUUGAAAAUACUGAUGUUUUAGAUCUGGAGGGAUGGAAUAAUAGAUUCGGCUGGCAUGCCUAUCUAGUGUAUCACAAAAUAGUUGUUCACAAAGAAUUUUUAAACCACAUAAUUAGAAGGUUGUUAUACAAAGUCUGGGAAAGACAUUGAGGACUGUUAAGAGUCCAAAAUACCAUGGUGGAUAUCACCACUGGAAGUAUUAUCUGUUAAAAAGAAAAAUAUGGAAUCAAAUGGGCCACAUAUCAGCAAUUAGUAAAAGAAGAACAAGGCCAAUUAAAAUUAGGACCAUAUGAAGAACUCAGCCAAUAUUGUAAUACCAUGGCUGCAAUAUUACCAAAUUGAUCACCUAUUUAAGCAGGAUAAGAUAAUCAGAUUUGGAAAAGAAGAAUCAAAAUUACAAACAGAAUUACUAAAGAAAAAAUCAACCAAAAAUAUAUUAUAUAAAAUGUACAAUUUGUUAUUAGAAUGGUAUUUAAGCCUGGUCAAAUUGGCGAAAAUUUAUAAAUCAAAAUCUAAUUUGUGCUGGAGAUGCAAAAAAGAAAUAGGAAGAAUGUAUCAUAUGUGGUGGGAGUGUGUGUGUAUCAAACAAUUUUGGAGUAACAUCCAAGAGGAACUGAAAAAAAAGCUUAAAAUACCAUGUAAUAAAAAACCAGAGGCAUUCCUCUUGGGAAUUAUAUCGACUGACAUUCCUGCUGCUAGGGAAAAAAAGUUUUUUUAUAUGUAACUGUUGCGGCCAGAAUGAUUAUAACAAAAAAUUGGAAGGGAGAAAAAAGCUCCCUCAAAAAGAGAGUGGCAAAUAAAAUUCUGUGAAUACAUAGAAUCAGCAAGACUUACAGCAGUGGCAAGAGGUCAAUCAGACCAAAAACUGAUAAGAGGAGUGGACUUGCGUGAAGGAAUAUAUGAAAAAACAUUGUUCUGGUAUAAAUAUAUCAAUAUGCAAUGAGUGGUGGGACACGGGUGGUGCUGUGAGUUAAACCAUAGAGCCUAGGGCUUGCCGAUUGGAAGGUCGGCGGUUCAAAUCCCCACGAUGGGGUGAGCUCCCAUUGCUCGGUUCCAGCUCCUGCCCCACCUAGCAGUUGGAAAGCACGUCAAAGUGCAAGUAGAUAAAUAGGUACCACUCCAGUGGGAAGGUGAACAGCGUUUCCAUGCACUGCUCUUGUUCGCCAGAAGCGGCUUAGUCAUGCUGGCCAUAUGACCCAGAAGCUGUACGCCAGCUCCCUCAGCCAGUAAAGCGAGAUGAGCGCCACAACCCCAGAGUCGUCCACAACCCUUUACCUUUAUGCAAUGAAUGAAAUUUAUAGAGUAAAAGAAGAAGAAAUGGGUAUAAGACAAGAAAGUUAAACAUAUUGGUAACACAGCGAAAAGAAGAAAAGAAAGGAAGUCACACGGGUGGAGGGAAGUCAAUAUUUAUGUUUUUAUGUUUAGUAAUUUAAGUUGAUAUUGCGUUUGGUUAAUGUAUGUUUGUUUUCUUUUGUAGGAAUUAAGGAUGUAUGUAUAAUAAGUUCAUUUUGUGUUUCAUUUUGUCUUUGUGAGUUUUGCACUUACUAAUAAAAAAA